AAUAAGUGAAUGUUUACACCAUGAUAAACAUUUUAAGAGAUAUAUUAACAUCCUUCGAGGUUAUCACUGUUGGUACCGUCCGAAGACCGGAAAAAGCUUUAGCGGAAGUGACAUGUGGUUCGCGUAUGCGGGAGAGCGGUGCAACCGUUUUGCUUCCGCAUACCGAAAGUGCAGCGACAGGCGUGUCCCAUAGUGAGAUACAGAAUGAAUGUUGAAAGUGUACUCCCAACAAAGUUUUUUUAUUAUUAUUAUUUUAAUGGAAAAAAGAAAGGAAGUACUUUUUUUUUUUUUUUUUAAACUAAAACAUUUUUAUGGAAAAAACAUUUAAAAAGCUAAGAGUCUUAAAAGAGUGCUGGGAACCAGAGCUCUUGGAGAAAGCCCCCCCCCCAAAAAAAUAAAGAAAAGGGAAAAAGUAAAAACGGACCAUUAACUCCAAAGUGUAAAAGUUUUCGGACUUCUUGUCCCUCUGUAGUUGCCGUACUGUUUGCUUACGUCACAAUCCCGCGACUGCCCACAUGUUCGAGAGCGCAGCAGUUUCCGGCGUUUCUAGUGAAAAAUACAGAAGCUAACGAGGAAAAAGGCUGCACUUCCAGCUGAAGAAAGCAUCUCUGCUGGGGGAUUCCCUUCUUCCUCAUCUUCCUCCUCCUCCAGUGCAUCAUGAGUGGGAGUGAUGAUGAUGAUGUUCCCACUCUGUCUGCUCACACUCUGGCUGCCCUGCAGGAGUUUUACGAGGAAACCGGAACCGGUCCGGACCACAAGGCAGUUCCUUCUGAUCUGUUCAGUGUAGGUGCUUUGAAGGAGGACUGGCGGAUGAGUCAGUUCUGGUACAGUGAUGAGACGGCAACACGGCUAGCAGAGGAGAUGGUGCGAGAAGCUGGAGAAGGAGGCAGGAUAGCCUGCGUGAGCGCGCCCAGUGUGUACCAGAAGCUGAAGCAGGGCGUGGUGGACGGCUCAGAGCGGGUCACCGCCAUCGUCUUUGAGUUCGACCGCCGCUUCUCCACCUACGGAGAGGACUUCAUUUUCUAUGACUACAACAAGCCGCUGUCUCUUCCGGAGAGCGUGGAGCCGCACAGCUUCGACGUGGUCCUGGCCGACCCGCCGUACCUGUCCGAGGAGUGUCUGAGCAAAGUGGCCGAAACCAUCAAGUACUUGAGCAGAGGCAAAGUGCUGCUGUGCACGGGAGCCAUCAUGGAGAAUCUCGCCAAGGACCUGCUGGAUGUUAAAAUGUGCAGCUUUGAGCCCCACCACAACAGAAACCUCUCCAACGAGUUCCGCUGUUUCGUCAACUACCCGUCCAGCCUGCUGUGAACCUGAACUUUUGACCUGAUCUGUUCUCUGAUCAGAGCAGGGACUGUGGGAAACGAGGACUGUCGUUUCAGGAGAGGAGAUUUUCACUUCAAUCAACAGAAUACUCGUUCAUGUCUGCUCAUUUAAAGAGAAAAUAUUGACGUUUUUCCAGGAAGAAUAUCAAACAUCUCAUGAGUCAUAUGACUGAUAGUCAGAAUGGACUGUUAGGCAAGAUAAUAAAUCAAAAUAACUGA